AUGCCAAUAACCCACCACACCACCACCCGCCCAACCCUAAAAUCCAAACUCCUAGCCCGUCGCCGCCACAACCACACGGCCCCCAAACGCACCCACAAGCCUGCAACAACCACAACCACCACAACACGCACCACACGCACCACACGCACCACCGGCGCCCAUCGCCACACCGCCGGUACCACCGCCGCACCCGUGCACCACCAUAAGCGACGUGUGUCGAUGGGGGACAAGGUAGCGGGGAUGAUGAUGAAGUUGAAGGGGUCUGUGAUGGGCAGGAGAGGGGUCAAGGCGGCUGGGACGAGACGCAUGCGUGGGACGGAUGGACGGAAUGCGAGACGUGUUUAUUGA